AUGGGGAAUACUGUAUAUGAGCAGCUCGAUGAGCUAGAGGCAAGAGAUACCAACGUCAAUUUCGAGCCCCACCAUGCAAGUAUACAAAAUUUCGUUGGAUCUCUCAAACAAUGUCUUGGGACAAGUGCCUUACGUUUUGAGAUUGGCUUUGAUUAUUUAGGGCUACGUUUGAAAAGUGGAAAGACAAUACUGCAAGGUGUAUCUGGUAAAGUAGAACCAGGCUCAAUGUUGGCCGUGAUGGGCCCUUCCGGAGCUGGGAAGUCAACCUUUGUUCGACUGUUUAUGGGGAAACUCAAAAAUACCUCAGGAACGACUUAUGUGAAUGGAGAUGCUAGAGGACAAGGCGAAAGAUACGUCAAGCCUGGCUGGAGAAAAUCACAAAUGACCAUACCCAGCUUGAUAAAUCGAUGGAAUCUUCAUCGGAAUCGACUUGCUGCUGCUGCACCAGGAGUCAGAAUAUUUGGUGAAGAAACAUCUUGUGUUUCCGUAACUACACGCCGAGAAAAUGGUCCUCUCAUGGCAGUGAUUUAUGCUGUUGAUCAUUGGGACGUUUUAUCGUCUGCUGGCAUUCACGGGUUUGCAAAGGCCAAAACUUUAGAGAGUUGGGAAAUCGGAAUUGCGCCAUAG